UGCGCCUGCCGCUCUCAUACCGCAGCAGGAAAUCCUCACCUGCUCUCCGCUGCAAACGCAGCAUACCAUAUAGCCCGUUUGCUCGCUCACUAACCCUUGCUGACCUUCCUAACUUAAACGCUUUCCAUCGUUUUCCCUUCUCUCUCAAUCUGCCAUCUGAACAACAGUCCUUCGCCUCUCAAAACCUAACCAUCCAGUCCACAAUGGCUGAGGAUCCUCAAUUGCAAGUAACGGACAUGGCGCCCGCCACGGAGCAAGUAGCUGUUGAGGAGGAGCAUCCUGACGCGCCGAUUAUCCGACGUCAAGUGGAAUACUACUUCUCCGACGAGAACCUUCCCUCGGAUCUACACCUCCUCCAAUGCUGCGGCGGCCGCGAGAACCUCCCCGUGUCCAUCAACCGCAUCUGCGGCUUCAAGAAGAUGCGCUCCUUCAAGCCCCGAGACAUGGUCAUCGCCGCCCUUCGCAAGUCCCCAUUCCUCGUCGUCUCCGAAGACGGCAAGACCAUCCGGCGCAAAUUGCCCCUACAGGGACCUUGCGCGCUCGAUCCGGACUUCUACAACGACGAGGAGAUAGCGUAUGACCCGCGUGCGCGGAAGCCAGCUGCGUACCCGGUCCCGCUUCUGCCGCAGAAGAAGAAGGAGUAUCCAGAGGGGAUGACUAAGAAUAUGAUGAAGCCAACGGGGUUCGAGGAGACGUAUGUGGAGGCGCCGCUUACGCCGGCAGAAGCAGCGGAGGAGCAGGCCCUGUAUGAUCCGGACAAGCCAUUCGUUGAGCGCAUCGAGAUCGCCAUUCAGCGUUUCAAGCAGAAGCGGCGCAUGCACGAAAUGUACGCCAACGUCUUCAACAAGUGGAUGCGGUUCGGUGGCGUGGAGUGCUCGCCCAAUAUGUUCGGUGGCCUCUCGAGGCAGGAUAUGAAGGGUAUGGACGCUGAAGAGAUCGCGCGGGCGAUGGCUAUUCACAAUGUCCCAUGGGAUCGAUCUGAUGAGAAGCAUUGGGUAGUCGACUUUGUGGGGGUUGGAGAGGCAUUUCUCUCAUCCUAUUAUCCAGCCCACUACGGCUUUGCGCCGCGGCAGAUCGAGAAUGCCUGCAAGGUGCUUCGAUCCUUCUACAACUACCUCCUCUUCCACUCUGUCUGCGAUGAGUACCGCACAGACCUUGGUAAGGCUCGGGAACUCUGCGACAUCGCCGAAUCCCAACUCCCCAAAACCCAUGCUGCCGGAUUGGCCCUCCCUGGUGCCUUCAAUAGCGCCGCUAGCACCAUCUUCGGGGGGUCGAAAGCGGGCACGUACGCUGGAAACAAUACCUGGGCCAUCCAGUUGAAAGAGGAGGGCGUGGACCUUGGGGAUAUCGGAGUGAUGGACGAGGAGGCAAGAAUCACCUUUAGGACUGGGGUCGCGAUCAUGGGUACGGAUGAGCAGCAGAGCAUGCUUGAUACAAAAGUCGUCAGGGUGUUGAAGGACGAAUCCUUCGGCCUAGAGGUCCUCGCUAUCCACCCCGCAGACGAGCUCACCAAGGAAAUGUACAACAUCCAGAACGGGCAAACGAAGCGCAAGCUCUGUCUCCAGCCACUUGGCAAGCUCGUCUGCCGCUCCUGGCACAUUGCCGACUUCCACGAGUACGAUCUACCCAAGGACAAAUACCCUAACGGUCGCCUGCCCAAAGCAGAAGAGGGCAAGGAGUACGAGUUCUGGGUCGAGGACAGCGUGUUGGCGGAGUGCUUUGUGGGCAUGAAGAUGGAUGCGCGCAUCAUUACGCUUGAAGGGGGCAUUACGAUCUUGGAUGAGGUCAAAGAGACGAUGUGCAGCUUCUACAAGUGGCUCCCGAAUGAGCUGUGGAUGGAGCGGCAUCCGAAGCAAGUGGUGGUCAGGAAGAAAGAGUGGGAGGAAGAUGAGGAGGGGAAGGAGAAGAUUGAGGUGAAUGGGGAGGAUAAGGGCGGGGAGAAGUUUGCGGAUGAUGACUCGGACUUCGAGUAGAUGCGAAUGCCGAUGAUAUGGCUCGCGCAUGAGGAGACAUGCAGAGUCUGAAUGAAUCCUCAACGUGGCACGGGUUGGACCUGCAUCUUGGGGCGCAGGAACAGAAGGACGAUUCUUCAGCACUGCGGUACGGCGUCCCGUUAGGGUAGCGAAUGGCUUCAGACUAGCAUGGACUAUGUAUUAGUAUUAGAAAGCUCG